UGUGUCCAUGGACUUCAAAUGGAGCGGUCUGUGCAGGAAAAUACCCUGCAUUAUUCUAUAGGAAAUGUUCUGCUCGUAGCUCGGAUCUUUGGUGUUCUUCCCCUUUCCGGAAUUGGUCCUUCGAAAAAGCCUGAAAAUGUGCGCUUUCGUUGGUUUUCCCCGGUUAUUCUAUUUUUCGUGGUGGUUUUUAUAUUUGUUAUCGGUGACUUUGUGCUCUCAGCUAAGAUAGUGCUCAACAAUGGUCUCAAGAUGUACACUAUAGGUUCUCUGAGUUUUAGUGUGAUAUGUAUAUUUUGUUUUCGAGCCUUUAUAAAUAUUGCUCGUCAAUGGCCCCAUAUAAUCCGACAGACGGCGCAGUGUGAGCGGAUCUUCCUGAAACCCUGCUAUGCCAGCGUCCAAGGACUCAAUUUCAGUCGAAUCCUUAGAAGAUGGGCCUUAGUACUCUUGAUCACCGCCCUUUGUGAGCACCUUACCUAUGUGGGCAGUGCCGUUUGGAGCAACUACGAGCAGAUUCGGGAUUGCCAUCUGAAAGUCGGGUUCGUAGAGAACUAUUUCCUGAGGGAGCGCCAGGAGGUAUUCUCGGUUUUUGACUACCAAAUCUGGAUGGUGUUCUUUAUCGAAUGGAGCACCCUUUCCAUGACCUUUGUCUGGAACUUUGGGGAUAUUUUCCUUAUACUCAUUUUUCGCGGAUUGAAGAUUCGCUUUGAGCAGCUCCAUUGGCGCAUUCGUCAGAAUCUGGGGAGGUCUAUGAAAAAAGAGUUUUGGCAGGAAAUACGUUCCGAUUUCUUGGACCUAGAUGAUUUGCUGAAGCUCUAUGAUAAGGAGUUGUCUGGCUUGAUUUUGGUCUCCUGCGCUCACAACAUGUAUUUUAUUUGCGUGCAGGUUUACCACAGUUUUCAAGUCAAAGGCGCCUUUAUGGAUGAGCUUUACUUCUGGUUCUGCUUGCUUUAUGUGAUCACUCGCUUAAUGAACAUGAUGUUGGCGGCUUCUUCAAUUCCCCUUAAAGUUAAAGAUAUAUCAAAUACUCUCUAUGAAGUGCCCUCAAGUUCCUGGUGCGAUGAUCUGGAGCGUUUGAGUGAGAUGCUACGCAAUGAAAACUUUGCUUUUAGUGGAAAUGGUUACUUUUUUCUCACCCGAAGGCUAAUUUUUGCAAUGGCUGCCGCUUUAAUGGGCUACGAACUGGUGCUCUUCCGGCAAUUGGAGGGUUCGGUGGUGCAGAAAAGUAUUUGCAGCCGUGGUCCUGGCUCCUCCAUGAGCAUUUUCUUCUCUUAG